AUGGCAACGCAAACCGCGACGGAGUUGCAGACCUUCGAACCUGCUUCGUCAACAACAGUCACCACCUUACUGCGAAAAAGCCAUGAUGCGCCAUCAAUCUCCCAACAAGCUCCCGGCGGGCUAAUGACCACCGACUCGGAAGAGGAAGCAGCGACGACCGGCCCCGUCCUGCUCUCCAAAACCCGAGCCGGCAUCGUCAUCGCCCAAGUCUGCGGCCAGCUCUUCUUCAGCAGCUUCUGCAACGGCAUCAUCGUCGUCGCCCUGCCUGCCAUGCAGCACAAUCUAGGCUUGGACGAAGGUCUCCUCGUCUGGCCUAGCUCCAGUUACUUCCUCACGGCCGGAUCCUGUCUCCUGCUCGCCGGCUCCAUCGCAGAUGUUGUGGGAAACAAGCGCGUGAACCUGACGGGCUCAUUUUUCAGUGCCGUAUUCGCCAUGGCGUGCGGUCUGGCGCAGACGGGCGGUCAGAUCAUUGCGUUUCGGGCUCUCCAGGGUGUGGCGUACGGUGUCAUCACACCUUCGUCCAUCUCCAUCAUCUCGACCAACAUGGAGGAAGGGCGUCCGCGCAAUAUGGGAUUCGCAUGCAUGGGCUUCUCUCAACCCCUGGGCUUCCUGUUCGGGCUGGUACUGGGUGGUGUGUUUACCGAUAAUGUUGGAUGGCGACCGGCGUUCUACCUGGCUGCGGCUGCAAGUGCGGCUCUGUUCUUGGUUGCCAUCUGGGCAUUGCCGCGCGACCUGCAGGCCAGAAAUGACCAGUCUAUCUGGAAGCGGCUCGGCAAGGACAUUGAUAUUGUGGGAGUGGUCCUGGUCAGUACCGGGCUAGCGACCUUGUCGUCAUUGUCAGCCGACAUCAACAACAUCCGUAAACCAUCUAGCAUUGCGCUUCUGGCAAUAGCCGGCUGCUCUAUUCCUUCGUUUAUCGGGUGGAUGCACCAUCGGGUAAAAAGCAACAAGACUGCCCUCAUCCCCAACUCGCUCUGGGGCAGCUAUGUGUUCACCAGCUGCUGUGUCAUGGUACUUCUUACCAACGCUCUCACCAACUGCAUGGAGCUGUAUAGCAGUCUGUUCUUCCAGCAGGUCCAGGGCUUGUCAGCAACGGUGGCAUCAGUCCAAGUAGUGCCAUCUCUCGCCGCCGGGGCACUUACAAGCAUCGCAACCGGCAUCUUCGUUCACCGCAUGCCUGUCUUGUGGAUGUUGCUGAUCUCAUCGGCAAUGAGCACAGUUGCGCCGCUUCUCAUGGCCCUUAUUCGGACUAACCAACUGUACUGGGAGAACGCCUUCUUCGCACAGAUCCUCACUCCCAUCAGCUGUGACAUCCUCUUCACAGUCGGCCUCCUCAUCGUCUCCGACGUCUUCCCCAAACGCAUGCAGGCCCUCAGCGGCGCCGUCUUCAACACGUGCGCCCAGCUCGGCACCGCCCUCGGACUCAGCGUAGCCCAGGUCAUUGCCUCGUCUGCGACCAAUGCCUCUUCGUACGCGGACAAGUCGUCGCCUGAUGCCCUCAUGGUGGGUUAUAGGGUUGCCUUCUGGGCCAUGUUUGGCUGGAUGAUGUUUGUCUGUCUCGUGUGUGUGUUUGGGAUGCGCCGGGUGGGUGUAAUUGGUGUGAAACGGGAUUAG